AUGGCUGAUACAGAACAACAACCCGCAACAGAGCAGCCGCCUCCAAAGCCCGUGGAGGCGGAGGAGCAGGAGCAGCAAGCCGACGCACAGCCUGCACAGGAGGCGACUACCGCUUCUACCGAAGAUGCGCCUGCAAACGCAGAGACGGCAAACGAGGAGCAGGACGUGAAGGAGAAUGAGAAUGGUGACGCGGCAACAGAGGAGGCCAAGACAGAGGAGAAGGAGGACGGUGAGGCGACUGAGGACAAGAAGGAGGAUGGCGGCAGUGAAACUACCGAGGAGGCCAAGACCGACGCAGACGCUGAAGCUGAGGCCGAAGCUGCUGAGGAGGCCAAGACAGACGCAGACGCAGACGCAGACGCCGACGCAGACGCUGAGGCUGAGGCCGAAGCUGCUGAGGAGGCCAAGACAGACGCAGACGCUGCCAACGCCGACGCAGACGCAGAGGCAGACGCAGACGCUGCCAACGCCGACGCAGACGCUGAGGCAGACGCCGCCACCACUGAGGAGGCCAAGACAGACGCAGACGCUGAGCCGGACGCCGAAGCUGCUGAAGCAGAACAGGAGGAGUCCAAGACUGAGGGUGAGAGCACGGAUGAGAAGCCAGCAGCCGAUGCAGCCGAGGCAUCCACAGAGGCUACCCCACAAGAGGAACAGUCUGCAGAAGCCAAGACAGAGGAGCCUGCUCCGGCUCCUGAGGCUGAACCUGAGCCUGAGCCCGAGACAGAGGCAGAGGUGAUUGCGAGGGAACAGGCAGCCGUCGCUGUCAAGCGGAGGGAAAUCCGCUCCCUUCCUCGUCCUCCAGAGGGCGAGCGAAAGCACAACCCGCGCACGCGCAAGGCUGCCGCGCCCGUGAGCAAGUUCACGCGACGGGCACACAAGGUGGCUAAGCCGCAGGAGCGCAUGAAGAGCAAGGUGGCCAACAAGGACAGCACCAUGGAGGCGUCACACAAGAGCAAGGAGGCGCGCGCCGCCAAGGCCGCCAGCAUGGACGCCCGCCACAAGUACAUCAUCUCCUGCGUCGCCGACCUCGUGCAGGAGGAGGCCGAGACAGUGGAGACGCAGGUGCUCGACGGCCCCGGGUUUGAGCAGUUUGACCAGUUCUUCGCCGCCAACCCGACGCGCCGCCAGCUCGUCUUCUUCUACCAGAACUUCCCCAACCGCAAGGGCGAGAUGGAGAAGCGCGUGCAGAUUGUCAACCCGGCCGUGGACCGGCUCACGGGCACGUGCGUCUACUGCGUGCGCGGCGCCUCCACCCGCGCCCUCAGCACCAGCAACGUCGCGCAGGAGGUGACCUUUGGCCGGUUUGGCCUGGACAGGGCAUCCGGCACCGUGCUUGGCGGCAUGGAGUCGAUCAUCGCCGACUUCCUCGAGCCCGCGCUCAUGGCCAACGAGAACUGGGGCAAGAUGGAGAAGGACGAUGCGCAGCGUGAGGAGUUCUUCGACGCCCUGGAGCGGUUCCGCGCCACGCUGAGCGAGGCCAACGUUGCCGUGGCCACGCGCGUCGUGCUGCAGGCGUACGAGCCCAAGGAGGGCGAGCCCGCGCUGGAGCUGGACAGCAUGUCCGCCGCAGACGUCACGCGCAUGUCGCAGGACCACAAGGCGACGGCGCAGCUGGAGGAGCUGGUGCAGCACUGGUGCACGCAGCUGGAGCAGGUGAUUGCGGAGAGCGAGCAGAUGCGCAAGGAGGCGGACGACGUCGGCCCCCGCGCCGAGCUGGAGCACUGGAAGCAGCAGAUGGCCAAGUUCAACGGCGUGCUGGACCAGAUGAAGGAGGCGCGCUGCCAGAACGCCGUCAACGUGCUGCACCUCGCCAAGUCGCGCCUCAUCCCGGAGUGGCGCCGCCUCGAGGUGCGCAUCACAGAGUCCGCAAACGAGGCCAAGGACAACGUCAAGUACCUGUCCACCCUCGACAAGUUCUGCGGGCCCCUGUACAAGAACAGCCCGCCGCAGAUGAUGGAGUCGGUGCCCGCGCUCAUGAACGCCGUGCGCAUGAUCCACUCCAUCUCCGGCUACUACAACACGAGCGAGCGCAUGACCGCGCUGUGCGUGAAGAUCACCAACCAGAUGAUCACCGCCUGCAAGCGCUACAUCUACGAGAAGGAGCCCCGCAUCUGGGACCAGGAUCCCAAGGACCUCACCGCUCGCCUCAGCCACUGCCGAGAGCUGAACCAGCACUACCAGCGGUGCUUUAAGCGGGAGAAGGAGAAGCUGCUGGCCACCCCAGAACGGCGGCAGUUUGAUUUUUCGGAGAUGUCCAUCUUUGGCAAGUUUGACACGUUCUGCGCCCGCACGGAGAAGAUUGUGCAGAUGCUGGACAUUAUCGAGCGCUGGAGCAAGCUGAGCGCAAGCAAGAUUGACGGCAUCGAGCCCAUCAACGUGCUCUUCCGCUCCCUCGUCAACAACUUCAAGAAGAAGCCGUACGACGUGCUCAACACGCGCCGCCGCGACUUUGACACAGACUUUGAGCAGUUCCAGAGCGACAUCCAGGACCUGCUGCAGCGGCUGCAGGACUUUAUGGACGACUGCUUUGCCCAGGCGCCGAGCGUCAUGCGCGCCCUGGACCUCCUCACCAAGUUUGAGAAGAUCAAGCACGUCGGCCUCGACCUCUCGGAGAAGUACGAGCUGGUGCUGCGCGCCUUUGGCAAGGAGCUCGAGGAGGUGCGCAAGGUGUACCAGGCGGAGAAGCAGGACCCCUCCAUUGGCCGCAACCUGCCGCCGCUCGCCGGACGCAUCAUCUGGGCGCGCCAGCUCUUCGCCCGCAUCGAGGGCCCCAUGUCCGUGUUCCAAAAGUCGUGCACCGACCUCCUUAAGACCGCCGACGCGCGCAAGGUGAUUAAGCACUACAACAAGCUCGGGCACGUGCUGCUCGAGUACGAGCUGCUGCACCACCGCGCAUGGUGGAAGGCGGUGGACGCCUCGCAGUCCGGCCUCAACGCCUCGCUCCUCGUGCGCCACCCGGAGACGGGCAAGCUCCUGGUCAACAUGGACCCGCAGCUGCCGCAGGUCAUCCGCGAGACGAAGAUCAUGCAGAAGCUCAACCUGGAGAUCCCGGAGAGCGCCAAGCUGCUGUGCCUGCAGGAGGAGCGCCUGGCCAACCAGAAGAACCAGCUCGAGCUGAUGAUUGAGGAGUACAACCGCGUGUUUUCCCGCAUCCCGGAGCGCGUUGAGCACCUCCUGCGCUCCGCGCGCAAGGCCGUCGACAAGCAGGUGGAGCCCGGCGUGACGAAGCUGAGCUGGAUGUCGCCCAACCUCGACCCGUACCUGCAGACGUGCUACGGCGCCCUGGCAGACUUUGAGAAGCUGCUCAAGGAGGUGGAGGAUACGCUGCAGGUGCGCAUCGACUCCGUGCUGGAGAACAUCCGCAAGACGAUGCUCGUCAAGCUACCGGAGGAGAUGGCCUGGCCCUGCACGCAGUUUGUGGAGGAGACGGAGGCCCUCUGCGCCACGCGCACGGAGGAGCUGCAGCUGUCAAACAAGCUGGUGGAGCGGGCGGUGGACGAGCUCGUGGCCAUGCUGCUCAAGAGCAUGCUGCCGGAGGACCGCCAGUCCGAGCACACCCGCUCCGAGGUGGACAGCCUGCUCAGCCACUUCAACCACAGCGUCGUGGACGCCUUUGUGCGCUGCGUGCGCCGCAACCUAGAGGCCAUCAAGAAGCGCCUCUCCCGCGCCCGCAAGGAGUACGACGAGAACACGGCAAAGUCGCCGCCGUGCUUCUCCGCCUCCAUUGUGCUCGACAUCCCAAACAUCAGCAUGACCCCGGCGCUGGACGACAUCCAGAAGGCCGUCAACCAGGCCGUGCAGACGGUGAUUGGCGUCACCCGCUCCAUCACCACCCGCGAGCGCGCGGCCCUCAGCGCCGUCGCCGAGGGCAACAUCUACCACAUUGUGUCCGAGAACAAGGAGGUGGCGAAGAACGUGUCGUCGCUCUCGUCGGCCAUCAACUCCACAAAGCAGGAGGUGACAGACGUGCUAGAGCGCCUCAGCAAAUACAACCGCCUCUGGCAGGACAGCAAGGAGGACAAGACGGAGGAGUUCUUGGCAACGGAGCCCGACCUGUACGACUUUGAGGUUGCGGUGAAGGGGUACGAGGAGAUUGAGAACGAGAUCCUGGCGUUGCCGGAGACGUACCGCGUGAGCGCGAUUGAGCUGGCCACGGACACGUUCAAGCAGGCCAUGACGGCGGAGACGCGCGCGUGGAAGCAGGCGUACGGCCGUGGCCUUAACACCAAGGCGCUCAAGGACAUGAACAGCAUCUUUGAGUUCUGCGAGGACCUGACCAAGCGGCUCUCGCGCAAGAUUGUGGACCUGGAGGACGUGCGCAUGGCGAUGAACGCGCUCAAGGAGCUGCGCGAGGAGCAGAUUCGCCUGGACAACAUGCUGGGCCCCAUUGAGCAGUCGUACGCCAUCCUCAGCAAGUACGACGUCGUGGUCCCGCGCACGGAGACGGAGCGCCUGGACACGCUCAACUACGAGUGGGACAAGCUGCUCGGCCUCUCCAAGCAGGUGCAGAACAACCUGAUUGAGAUUGCGCCCUCCUUCCGCGAGGGCCUCGAGUCGAGCGUGCAGAAGUUCACCCUGGAGGUGUCGUCCUUUGUCAACGACUAUGACAGCAAAGGCCCCAACGAGGAAGGCAUUGUGCCCGCGGAGGCCAGCGACCGGCUGGCCGUGUUCCAGGUGCGCUUCGAUGACCUGUGGCGCCGCUACAUCACGUACACGGGCGGCGAGGAGCUGUUUGGCCUGCCGCAGUCCGAGUACCCGGACCUGCCCCGCAUCAAGAAGGAGCUCGGCCUACUGCAGAAGCUGUACGGCCUCUACAACGACGUGCUCAAGACGAUUGACGGCUACUACGACAUUCAGUGGACGGCGGUCGACAUUGAGAAGAUCAACUCGGAGCUGCUUGACUUUGGCAACCGCUGCCGCAAGCUGCCCAAGGCGCUCAAGGAGUGGCAGGCUUUCCACGAGCUGCGCAAGCGCAUCGACGACUUCAACGAGACUUGCCCCUUGCUCGAGGCCAUGUCCAACCCGGCCAUGCUGCCGCGCCACUGGCAGCGCAUCGCCGAGGCCACUGGCCACACGUUUGACAUUGAGUCUGAGAACUUCCUCCUGCGCAACAUCAUGGAGGCCGACCUGCUCAAGGCCAAGGAGGAGAUUGAGGACAUUUGCAUUGCGGCGGUGAAGGAGCAGGACAUUGAGGCCAAGCUGAAGAGCGUGGUGGCGGAGUGGUCUGCGCACGAGCUGUCGUUUAUGACGUUCAAGAACCGCGGCGAGCUGCUGAUCAACGCCGCCGAGAUUGCCGAGCUCAUGACGCUCAUGGAGGACAGCCUGAUGGUGCUGAGCUCCCUCAUGAGCAACCGCUACAACGCGCCGUACAAGGCCGACAUCCAGAAGUGGGUGCGCAACCUCUCCGACACCUCUGAGAUUGUGGAGAAGUGGCUCAUCGUGCAGAACCUGUGGGUGUACCUGGAGGCCGUAUUUGUGGGCGGCGACAUUGCCAAGCAGCUGCCCAAGGAGGCGAAGCGCUUCUCCAACAUUGACAAGUCGUGGCAGAAGAUUAUGACCCGCGCGCACGAGAACACCAACCUGGUGCAGUGCUGCACCGGCGACGAGACCAUGAGCAACCUCCUGCCGCACUUGCACGAGCAGCUGGAGCUGUGCCAGAAGUCGCUGGUGGGCUACCUGGAGAAGAAGCGCCUGCUGUUCCCGCGCUUCUUCUUCGUGUCGGACACGGUGCUGCUGGAGAUUCUCGGCCAGGCCAGCGACUCGCACACCAUCCAGGGCCAUCUCCUCAACAUCUUCGACAACAUCAAGCAGGUCACCUUCCACGAGAAGGUGUACGACCAGAUCCUGGCGUACUCGUCCAAGGAGGGCGAGACAGUGCACAUGCAGCGGCCCGUGAUGGCGACGGGCAACGUCGAAACGUGGCUGGGCCAGUUCCUGGAGGAGCAGCGGCGCUCCCUCAACAGCGUCAUCUGCGACGCCGCCGUGCAGGCGCUGGACCAGAACUUCCAGCUGAUUGAGUUUGAGAACAGCUACCCGGCACAGGUUGGCAUCCUCGGCAUCCAGCUGCUGUGGACGCGCGAUGCGGAGGUGGCGCUCAACAACGCCCGCCAGGACAAGAAGAUCAUGCAGCAGACCGACGACAAGUUCCUGCGCCUGCUCAGCGAGCUCAUCAACGCAACGCUGCAGGAGCUGACAAAGGUUGACAGGACCAAGUUCGAGACGCUCGUCACCUUGCACGUGCAUCAGCGCGAUAUCUUCCACGACCUCGUCGUCAUGGGCAUCAAGACGCCAAUUGACUUUGAGUGGACCAAGCAGGCCCGCUUCUACUUCUUGGAGGAGGAGCGCAGAACAGCCGUCCACAUCACCGAUGUCAUCUUCAACUACUCGCUCGAGUUUAUCGGCUGCGUGGACCGCCUGGUCGUCACGCCGCUCACGGAUCGCUGCUACAUCACCCUUGCCCAGGCCCUCAACCUGCACAUGGGUGGCGCCCCUGCUGGUCCCGCCGGUACGGGCAAGACAGAGACCACCAAGGACAUGAGCCGCUGCAUCGGCAGGUGUGUGUGUAUGUGUGUAUGCUCUGAUCAAAUGGACUUCCGUGGCCUGGGCCGCAUCUACAAAGGCCUGGCGCAGUCUGGCGCGUGGGGCUGCUUUGACGAGUUCAACCGCAUCGAGCUGCCCGUGCUCUCUGUUGCGGCGCAGCAGAUUGCCAUUGUGCUCACGGCCAAGAAGGAGCGCCGCAAGAACUUCAUUUUCAUGGACGGCGACGACGUGUCGCUCAACCCGGAGUUUGGCCUCUUCCUGACCAUGAACCCCGGGUACGCCGGGCGCCAGGAGCUGCCGGAGAACCUCAAGAUCCAGUUCCGCUCCGUGGCCAUGAUGGUGCCUGACCGCCAGAUUAUCAUCCGCGUGAAGCUUGCCAGCUGCGGUUUCCAGAACAACGUCGUCCUGGCGCGCAAGUUCUUCACCCUGUACAAGCUGUGCGAGCAGCAGCUGUCCAAGCAGGUGCACUACGACUUUGGCCUGCGCAACAUCCUGUCUGUCCUGCGCACGCUCGGCCCGGAGAAGCGCAAGAACCCGGACGAUGGCGAGACGACCAUUGUCAUGCGCGUGCUGCGAGACAUGAACCUGUCCAAGCUCGUGGACGAGGACGAGCCGCUCUUCAUGUCGCUCAUCACCGACUUGUUCCCCGGCAUCGAGCUGGAGACGGUAACGUACCCGGACAUGCAGGACGCCAUUCAGAAGCACGCAGACGAGGCCAACCUCGUCAACCACCCGGCCUGGAACCUCAAGCUCGUGCAGCUGUUUGAGACGCAGCGCGUGCGCCACGGCUUCAUGGUGCUCGGCCCGAGCGGCGCCGGCAAGACCACCAACAUCCACACGCUGAUGAAGGCCAUGACGGAGUGCGGCACGCCGCACAAGGAGUACCGCAUGAACCCCAAGGCCAUCACGGCGCCGCAGAUGUUCGGGCGCCUGGACGUGGCCACCAACGACUGGACCGACGGCAUCUUCAACGUGCUCUGGCGCCGCACCCUCAAGGGCAAGAAGGGCGAGAAGACGUGGAUUGUGCUGGACGGCCCCGUUGACGCCGUGUGGAUUGAGAACCUCAACAGUGUGCUGGACGACAACAAGAUGCUCACGCUGGCCAACGGCGACCGCAUCCCCAUGUCCCCGGACGCCAAGCUCGUGUUUGAGCCGCACAACAUCGACAACGCGUCGCCGGCCACCGUCUCGCGCAACGGCAUGGUCUUCAUGUCGUCCUCCGUGCUGGACUGGCGGCCCAUCCUCGAGGGCUGGUUCAAGCGCCGCUCCGCCAGCGAGAGCGACGUGCUCCGCGGCAUGUUCGACCUCUGCUUCGACGACACCCUCACGUACGUGCGCACGAGCCUCAACCCGCGCAUGACGCUGCUGGAGUGCAACUACAUCAAGCAGGCCAUCGACCUGCUGACGGGCCUCAUCCCCAACGGCGAGCAGGAGGGCUCCGACGGCCACGGCGCAGAGCCGCUCUCCGCCGAGCACCUGCGGCGCCUGUUCAUCUUCGCCAUCAUGUGGUCCCUCGGUGCGGUGCUGGAGCUGGACGACCGCGCGCGCCUGCAGGAGUUCCUGCACUCCCUGUCCGGGGACCUCCCGCUGCCAAAGACAACGGGCGAGGAGACCAUCUUCGAGUACAUGGUCAACGAGCAGGGCGAGUGGGAGCACUGGAGCAAGCGCGUGGAGCCGUACGACUACCCGCGCGACCCGAACGAGCCCACGCCGGCGUUCCGCAGCAUCCUCGUGCCCAACAUCGACAACGUGCGCAGCGAGUUCCUGCUGCACACCAUUGCCAAGCAGCACAAGUCUGUGCUGUUUAUUGGCGAGCCCGGUACGGCGAAGACGGUCAUCACCAAGGGCUACUGCAAGAAAUUCAACCCCGAGGAGCACCUGUGGAAGUCGCUCAACUUCUCGUCCACGACGCACCCCAACGGCUUCCAGCGCACCAUUGAGUCGUACGUGGAGAAGCGCAUGGGCACCACCUUUGGGCCGCCCGGUGGCAAGGCCAUGGCCGUGUUCAUCGACGAUAUCAACAUGCCCAUCAUCAACGAGUGGGGCGACCAGAUUGCCAACGAGAUUGUGCGCCAGGUCAUGGCCGAGAGCGGCUUCUACUCGCUGGACAAGCCCGGCGACUUCAUCACGCUGGCGGACAUGCAGUACCUCGCCGCCAUGCCGCACCCCGGUGGCGGCCGCAACGACAUUCCGGAGCGCCUCAAGCGCCGCUUCUCCGUGUUCAACUGCACGCUCCCGGCCAACGUGUCCAUCGACCUCAUCUUCCGCACCAUCGGCAACGGCUGGUUCUGCCCCGAGCGCGGCUUCACCCCGGACGUGGUGCAGAUGGCGGACCAGCUGGUGUACCUCACGCGCAAGAUGUGGCAGGACACCAAGGCCAAGAUGCUGCCCACGCCGGCCAAGUUCCACUACGUGUUCAACCUGCGCGACGUGAGCCGCAUCUGGGAGGGCAUGCUGCUCAUCCAGCCGGAGGAGUGCGACUCCGUGCAGGCCCUGCUCAACCUGUGGAAGCACGAGUGCACGCGCGUCCUCGCCGACCGCUUCACGGAGAAGAAGGACGUGGCGUGGUUCCAGCAGCGCAUCCAGCAGGUGAUUGCCUCUGAGCUCGGCGACGAGUACGCCAACCUCACCGACGAAGAGCCGUUCUUCGUCGACUUCCUGCGCGAGGCGCCCGAGCCGACGGGCGAGGAGGGCGAGGAGGAGGCCGACCUGGAGGCGCCCAAGGUCUACGAGAAGGUCCCCGACCUGGACACGCUUGAGGCCAAGCUCAAGGAGUACAUGCAGCUGUACAACGAGACGGUCCGCGGCGCCAAGAUGGACCUCGUCUUCUUCCGCGACUGCAUGAUCCACCUGGUGCGCGUGUCGCGCAUCAUCCGCAUCCCGCAGGGCAACGCCAUGCUGGUCGGCGUCGGCGGCUCCGGCAAGCAGUCUGUCACGCGCCUGGCCACCUCCAUUGCCGGGUACAAGGUGUUCCAGAUCCAGCUCAGCCGCUCGUACAAUGCCAACAACCUGAUGGAGGACAUCAAGCAGCUGUACCAGAUUGCGGGCGUCAAGGGCCAGGGCCUCACCUUCAUCAUGACCGACAACGAGAUCAAGCAGGAGGGCUUCCUCGAGUACAUCAACAACCUGCUGGCCACGGGCGAGAUUGGCGGCCUGUUUGCCCGCGACGAGAUUGACGAGAUUUGCGGCGAGCUCAUCCCCGUGAUGAAGAAGGAGUUCCCGCGCCGCCCGCCCACAAACGAGAACCUGUAUGACUACUUUAUCAACCGCGUGCGCAACAACCUGCACGUUGUACUGUGCUUCUCCCCCGUGAGCGAGAAGUUCCGCACGCGUGCCCUCAAGUUCCCCUCGGUGUUUGCGGGCACGAACAUGGACUGGUUCAUGGCGUGGCCGCGCGACGCGCUAGUGGCCGUGGCCGACCACUUCCUCAGCGACUUCCACGUCGUGUGCACGAACGACGUCAAGGGCGCCAUGGUGGAGACGAUGGGUGUGGUGCAGGACCGCGUCGGUGCCGCGUGCGACGACUACUUCCAGCGCUUCCGCCGUCAGACGUACGUGACCCCGGCGUCGUACCUCUCCUUCCUCAACUCGUACAGGCACCUGUACUCGGACAAGAAGGAGCACUUUGAGAACCUGCGCCAGCGCAUGCAGACGGGCCUGGACAAGCUGCUCGAGGCGUCCGAGUCUGUGGCGCAGCUGAGCGAGGAGCUCGUGGUGAAGGAGAAGGACCUGGCCGUGGCCUCGGAGGAGACGGAGCGCGUGCUGCAGGAGGUGUCGCAGAGCGCCGCCGCCGCAGAGAAGGUCAAGUCCGAGGUGCAAAAGGUCAAGGACAAGGCGCAGGAGAUUGUGGACACCAUCGACAAGGACAAGAAGGUGGCUGAGAAGAAGCUGGCCGCGGCCGUGCCUGCGCUGGCCGCGGCCGAGAGGGCGCUGGAGACGAUCAAGCCCGCCGACAUUGCCACGGUGAAGAAGCUGGGCAAGCCGCCGCACCUCAUCAUGCGCAUCAUGGACGCCGUGGUGAUUCUGUUUGGGCGCAAGCUGGACCCCGUGGUGCCGGACCCGGAGCGGCCCUGCCCGACGCCCUCGUGGAAGGAGUCCCUCAAGACCAUGAACGGCCCACUGCUAAGCGAGCUGGUCAACUUUGACAAGGACACCAUCAACGACGAGAUGGUGGAGCUGCUUGAGCCGUACCUGGGCAUGGAGGACUACAACAUCGACCAGGCCAAGCGCGUGUGCGGCAACGUGGCUGGCCUGCUCUCGUGGACGGAGGCCAUGGCCACCUUCUUCGGCAUCAACAAGGAGGUGCUGCCGCUCAAGGCCAACCUGGCCGUUGCCGAGGCGAAGCUCAAGGUGGCGCAGGGCGAGUUGGCGGAGGCGCAGGGCGAGCUGGACGCCAAGCAGGCCGAGCUGGACGUGGUGCAGGCGCGCUACGACGCCGUGAUGAAGAAGAAGCAGGAGCUGCAGGCGGACGCGGAGACGUGCCGGCGCAAGAUGGCCUCUGCCUCUGCCCUCAUCGGCGGCCUCAGCGGGGAGAAGGUGCGUUGGACGCAGCAGGCCAAGGAGUUUGAGGCGCAGAUCAACCGGCUCGUCGGCGACGUGCUGCUCAUGUGCGCCUUCAUGUCGUACUCUGGGCCCUUCAACAACGAGUUCCGCACGCUGCUGCUCAGCGGGUGGCGCAAGGAGCUGGAAACGCGCACCAUCCCCUUCACCAAGUCCCUCAACAUUGUGGAGAACCUGGUGGACAACGCGACCAUUGGCGAGUGGGGCCUGCAAGGGCUUCCCAACGACGAGCUGUCGCUGCAGAACGGCAUCAUCGUCACCAAGGCCACGCGCUAUCCGCUGCUGAUUGACCCGCAGGGCCAGGGCAAGGCGUGGAUCAAGAACCGCGAGGCGAAGAACGAGAUGCUGGUCACCACGCUGGACCACAAGUACUUCCGCACGCACCUGGAGGACGCCCUGUCGCAGGGCCGCCCGCUGCUGAUUGAGGACGUGGUGGAGGAGUUGGACCCGUGCCUGGACAACGUCCUGGACAAGAACUUUAUGAAGGCCGGUUCCACGUACAAGGUCAAGGUUGGCGACAAGGAGGUUGACAUUAUGGACGGCUUCAUGCUGUACAUCACCACCAAGCUGCCCAACCCGACGUACACGCCCGAGGUGUUUGCGCGCACGUCCAUCAUCGACUUCACCGUGACCAUGAAGGGCCUGGAGGACCAGCUCCUGGCCAAGGUGAUUCUCACGGAGAAGGCCGAGUUGGAGACGGAGCGCGUUGCGCUGGUGACGGAGGUCACGGCCAACAAGAAGAAGAUGAAGGAGCUCGAGGACAACCUGCUGUACCGCCUGAGCAACACCAAGGGCUCGCUGGUCGACGACGAGAGCCUGAUUGAGGUGCUGCAGGUGACGAAGACGACGGCAGAGGAAGUGAACGAGAAGCUGGCGGUGGCCGCAGACACGGAGCUGAAGAUCAACACCGCCCGUGAGGAGUACCGGCCCGUGGCCACGCGCGGGUCCAUUCUGUACUUCCUCAUUGUGGAGAUGUCCAUGGUCAACCCCAUGUACCAGACGUCGCUGGACCAGUUUUUGGGCAUCUUCGACUUCAGCCUGGCGCACUCUGAGAAGUCGCCCGUGCCCAUGAAGCGCAUUGCCAAGAUUAUCGAGUACAUGACCUUUGUGGUGUUCAAGUACACGAGCCGCGGCCUGUACGAGAAGGACAAGUUCCUCUUCACCAUCCUCCUCGCCCUCAAGAUUGACCUGCAGCGCGGCAACGUGAAGCCAAACGAGUUUAUGACGUUCAUCAAGGGUGGUGCCGCGCUGGACCUCAACUCCGUGCAGCCCAAGCCCAAGUCGUGGAUCCUCGACUCGACGUGGCUCAACCUGGUGCAGCUGAGCGAGCUGCCCAUGUUCGCCGACAUUCUCAACCAGGUGUCGCGCAAUGACAAGGCUUGGCGCGCGUGGUUUGACGAGGACGUGCCCGAGGAGGCGCCGCUGCCGGACGGCUACGAGAGCACGCUCGACGUGUUCCGCCGGCUGCUGCUGGUGCGCUCGUGGUGCCCGGACCGCACGCUGGCGCAGGCGCGCAAGUACGUGGCCUCGUCACUUGGCCAGCGCUAUGCCGACGCCGUGCUGCUUGACAUGGAGGAGAUGUACGGGGAGAGCGACGUGCGCACACCGCUGGUUGGCCUGCUGUCCAUGGGCGCGGACCCGACGGGCGCCAUCCAGCACCUGGCCAAGCUCAAGAAGGUGGAGUGUCGCGAGGUGUCCAUGGGCCAGGGUCAGGAGGUGCACGCGCGCAAGCUCAUCUCGGACUUCCAGCAGAACGGCGGGUUUGCGCUGCUGCAAAACUGCCACCUUGCCCUCGACUUUAUGAACGAGGUCCUCGACACGGUGAAGACGGCGGAGAACGUCAACCCGGCGUUCCGACUGUGGGUGACCACGGAGGUGCACCCCAAGUUCCCCAUCAAUCUGCUGCAGUCGUCGAUCAAGUUCACCAACGAGCCGCCGCAGGGCAUCAAGGCCAACCUCAAGCGCACGUACGCGGACGUGACCCAGGACCAGCUGGACAUCACCAACCUGCCCCAGUGGAAGCCCAUGCUGUACGGCGUGGCAUUCCUGCACGCCAUUGUGCAGGAGCGGCGCAAGUUUGGCCCCCUUGGCUGGAACAUCCCCUACGAGUUCAACCAGGGUGACCUGCUUGCCUCGUUCCAGUUUGUGCAGAACCACCUGGACGACAUUGACCCGAAGAAGGGCGUGGCGUGGCCCACGGUGCGCUACAUGCUGUCGGAGGUGCACUAUGGCGGGCGCGUGACGGACGACCGCGACAAGCGCCUUCUCAUCACAUACUGCACGCUGUGGUUUGGCGAACACAUGUUCAAGGACGACUUUGCCUUCUACAAAGGCUACGAGAUUCCCAAGUGCGCCAAGAUUGACGAGUUCCGCGACCACAUCAGCCAUCUCAACACUUUUGACGGGCCCGAGGUCUUUGGGCUGCAUCCAAACGCGGACAUCACGUACAUGACCAACACGGCGCAGAACGUGCUGGCCACAAUUGUUGACAUCCAGCCCAAGGAGAGCGCUGCCUCCGGUGGCGAGACGCGCGAGGACGCCGUCAAGCGCCUGUGCAAGGAGUUCCAGCAGAAGCUGCCAGACGACUUUUUGCCGCACGAGGUCAAGGCGCGCCUGCGCAAAAUGGGUGCCACCAACCCCAUGAACAUCUUCCUGCGGCAGGAGAUUGACCGCAUCCAGCGCGUCAUCACCCUCGUCCGCACCACCCUGUCCGACCUGCUGCUGGCCAUUGACGGCACCAUCAUCAUGAGCGAGACGCUGCGCGACGCCCUCGACAACAUGUACGACGCGCGCGUGCCCAAGGCCUGGUCGGCCAUCUCCUGGACGUCCAUGACGCUGGGUUUCUGGUUUACGGAGCUGAUUCUGCGCCACCAGCAGUUCCACAGCUGGUGCUUCCAGGGCCGCCCCGCGGCCUACUGGCUCACGGGCUUCUUCAACCCGCAGGGCUUUAUCACGGCCAUGCGACAGGAGAUCACCCGCGCGCACAAGGGCUGGGCGCUGGACAGCGUUGUGUGCUGCAACGACAUUACCAAGAUGGCCGGCAAGGAGGAUGUCAAGGAGCCGCCCAAGGAGGGCGUGUACAUCUACGGCCUCUUCCUCGAUGGCGCUGGCUGGGACAAGCGCAACAGCCAGCUCACAGACCCGCCACCCAAGGUGCUCUACACCCCGCUGCCUGUGCUGCACCUCUCCGCCAUCAAUUCCACCGCCGAUCGUGACAAGCGCCUGUACGAGUGCCCCGUGUACCGCAAACCGCGCCGUACCGACCUCGAGUUUGUCACCAUGGUUGACCUCAAGACCCCAGUGCCCCCAGAAAAGUGGAUUCUGCGCGGUGUCGCCUUGCUUUGUGACACCAAGUGA